UCACUCCCCGGGCUCCAUGGCGGCAGCGGUGCAAGGCAGCGAAUGGUCUUGCGGCCGAUGCACCUUCCUAAACGCAGGGGCGGCGCCGCGAUGCUCCAUCUGUGAGGCACCUCGCCAGAAGCCUGACCUAAACCAGAUCCUGAGGCUGAGCAGCACCGAAGAGCAGCAACGCUGGGCCUGCCCCCGCUGCACCCUCAACAACCCCCAGGGCUCCGGCGCCUGCACCAUCUGUGGCUUUGGACCCUCGCCAAGCACCCCCACACCGACCACAACCAUGGCGACCAUCGCCAAUGGCCUCGUGCCGCCGAAGACUCCCACACCUGUCAUGACUCCCAUGGUUCUCCUGGAGCCCCGCGGGCAGCAGCCGUCCGAGGAGGCAUUGAGGAGGUCAGAGAGCAAUGGGGAGGUGGGGGACCUGAGUGGCCCGGGUGGACCCGAGGGGCAGCAACACCACCACUUGGGCUGGGCGUGCCCGCGAUGCACACUUCAUAAUACUCCUGUUGCACUGUCUUGUUCGGCCUGCGGGGGACCAAGGAAACUGUCGCUGCCCAAGAUCCCCCCUGAGGCGUUGGUGGUGCCCGAAGUGCACACGCCCGUGCUAGGGUUUCCCGUCCACGUGGCCCCUGCCCCCCCGCUCCUCAUUGACUUGACGGAUGACUCACCCACUGCAGCCGCCCCCUGCGAACCCCAGGAGCCCCCCACAGCCUUGCCCCCACCUCCACGCUCCUCCCCUUUCACGCCCUUCUCCUCUCUCCAGAACAACCCGGUGCCCCGCAGCAGGAGAGAGGUGCCCCCACCGGGGCGUCCGCCCAACCCUAACCCCAAUGCCCCAAGCCCAACUUCUCCCUCCACGGCCUGCGUGCUGCCCCAGCACUGCCCUGCCCUCUGCCCUGCCAAGCCCAAGCACGCCCAGCCCCAGGAGCCCUCCUUCCCCAGCAAGCGCCACAGCAUCCUGGAGGAAGGGGACGGCACCCACCCCUUUCCUUGUCACAUCUCCAAGACCCCCGUCACAUCACCACCCACCUGGAAGUGCCAUGGAUGCUCCCUGCCCAACCUGAGUGACUCGUCCAAGUGCGAGGCAUGCCACUCGUCGCGGGCCGGCGCCGACCUUAUCGACCUGGUGGGCUGCGAGUCGGUGCGCUUCACACCAGAAAACCCCUCUAGUCCGGACUCCAGCCCCUGGGCCUGCUCCAAGUGUACCCUACGCAACCCCCCCGGGAUGACCAAGUGCCCGGCCUGCUGCUCCUCCAAGCUACAUGGCUUCCAGGAGCCUAGUUCUCACUGCUGCCCGCACUGCAGGCUCCCCGGCCCCUGCUACUGCUCCUCAGCCUCCUCCACAUUGUCUUCUGGACACAAAGCUAGAAAACAGGCCCGGGUCUACCCCUCGCCCUCGGCCACCAACACCUCUUCCUCCUCAUCCUCGUCCUUCUCUUCCUCGUGCACACUGCUGCAGGAGAAGCAGUGGGGCUGUCCGGCGUGUACGCUGCUCAACGACGUCAAGUCCAAGAACUGCGCAGCAUGCCACACACCUCAGCAGUACCUGACACUGCGCAAGGUGGCCAAGCCGCUUAAGAGGAGGGAGAGCAUGCAUGUGGAGGCGAGGCGGCGCAACGACGAGGGCGAAGCCAAGGAACUCUGGGAGGACAUCACUACCUUCUGUCGAGAGAAUGUGGUGAACUUCGUGGACGACAGCUUCCCCCCUGGUCCGUGUUCCGUGGGCUUCCCAGAGGGUGACAGCGUACAGCAGCGAAUCAAAAAGUGGCUCCGCCCCCACGAGAUCAACUGCAACAACUUCAAGGACCGGGGCGUCAAAUGGUCCGUCUUCCGCACCCCGCGGCCUUCGGACAUCCUGCAAGGCCUGCUGGGAAACUGUUGGUUCCUUAGUGCGUUGGCGGUGCUGGCAGAGCGUCCAGAGCUGGUGGAGAGGGUGAUGAUCACCAGGGGCAUCUGCCAGGAGGGGGCUUACCAGGUCAGGUUGUGUAAGGAUGGUACCUGGAUAACCGUCCUAGUGGACGACAUGCUGCCCUGCGACGAGUAUGGAUACCUGCUCUUCUCCCAGGCCCAGCGUAAGCAACUCUGGGUGGCCCUGAUAGAGAAGGCCCUUGCCAAGCUCCACGGCUCCUACUUUGCCCUGCAGGCAGGGCGCGCCAUCGAGGGCCUGGCCACGCUGACAGGGGCACCGUGCGACUCCCUCAUGCUGCAGGUCAGCUCCACCAACCCCCGCGAGGAGCCCAUCGACACGGACCUCAUCUGGGCCAAGAUGCUCAGUUCCAAGGAGGCCGGGUUUCUGAUGGGGGCAUCAUGCGGAGGAGGGAACAUGAAGGUGGAUGAUGUGGUGUAUGAGUCGUUGGGCCUCCGCCCUCGCCAUGCCUACUCUAUCCUGGACGUACGGGACGUGCAGAGCUACAGACUUCUGCGGUUGAGGAACCCAUGGGGUCGCUUCUCGUGGAACGGCAGCUGGUCAGACGAGUGGCCUGAUUGGCCGCAGCUCCUCCGCCACGAACUCAUGGCCCACGGCAGCAGCGAGGGCGUCUUCUGGAUGGAGUAUGGAGACUUCAUCAAGUACUUUGACUCAGUUGACAUCUGUAAGAUCCAUUCGGAUUGGCAGGAGGUGCGGUUGCAGGGCUGUUUCCCCAGCAGAGCCUUUGGUCCUGUUACGGUCACUGCCCUGACCGUGCUGGAGAGGACCGCGCUGGAGUUCGCCCUCUUCCAGGAGGGCAGCAGGCGGUCGGACACAGCAGACAGCCACCUGUUGGACCUGUGUAUCAUGGUGUUCAGAGCAUCGUUUGGCAGUGGUAACAAGUUGACCCUGGGCCGGCUGCUGGCCCACAGCAAGCGCGCCGUUAAGAAGUUUGUGGGCUGUGAAGUGAUGCUGGAGCCGGGCGAGUACGCCAUGGUGUGCUGCGCCUUUAACCACUGGCAGAUGCAUAUCAGCGGAGUGGGGCUGCCCACACCAGUGUCGAGCCCCACGAGUGCACGGCGUCCCACCCAAGACUUCCCAGGGUACAUUCUGGCCAUCUACAGCUCCCGUCAGGUGAUGGUGGAGCAGGUGGAGGCUACCGCUACCACGCUGGCCGACGCCAUCAUCCUACUGACCGAGAACAAGGGAGAGAGACACGAGGGUCGCGAGGGCAUGACAUGCUACUACCUGACCCACGGCUGGGCGGGACUGAUCGUGGUGGUGGAGAACCGCCACCCCAAGUACUACCUCCACGUGUCAUGUGACUGUACAGACAGCUUCAAUGUAGUGUCCACCCGCGGCAGCCUCAAGACCAUCGACAGUGUACCGCCUCUACACAGGCAGGUGCUGGUAGUGCUAUCCCAGUUGGAGGGCAACGCAGGCUUCUCCAUCACCCACCGGCUGGCCCACCGCAAGGCCGCUCAGGCCUCCCUAGGGGACUGGACCCCCACCAAGGCCACGCACAGCCCCCAGCUCACCCCCGACAUUGACGGGCUGCACCGGCCACGGCCCCUAUGACCACGGCCCCCCCCCUCUCACACACACAUACACAAGCUAAUGACACACGCGUACGUGAACACACAUGUGCGAAAAGAGGGGGCUGUAUCAAGCUGGAAUACACACAAAACAUUUGGAGAGAGGGGGUAAUUGUGGAGGCAUGCGUGGGGAGGAUGGCUGGACAGAGUACAUGUGGUUUUCCUCCUCCACCUUUUCCUCUAAUUCCUCGAUCCCUGAAGGAUGAGGACUCAACCCUGCCAAACGCACCUGGAUCCAGUUGGGAAUUAGGAGAAGAGGGUGGAUUGAUGUGCCUUUUUGGAUGUGGUGGGGGAUGAGGGACACCUCCCAGGUUAAAUCAGCAUUUCUGGGUGACUAGAGGGGUCCUGAGCCUGAGAUCCUCCAACCAACAAUGAAGAAUUAUAUAUCUAGCCUUGUCAACUACAACGCUGUACUGUAUGUCUGACUAUGGACCAGUUACAACUGAAGUCGGAAGUUUACAUACACCUUAGCCAAAUACAUUUAAACUCAGUUUUUCAGAAUUCCUGACAUUUAAUCCUAGUAAAAAUUCCCUGUCUUAGGUCAGUUAGGAUCACCACUUUAUUUUAAGAAUGUGAAAUGUCAGAAUGAUAGUAGAGAGAAUGAUUUAUUUCAGCUUUUAUUUCAAAUUCCCAGUGGGUCAGAAGUUUACAUACAUUCAAUUAGUAUUUGGUAGCAUUGCCUUUAAAUUGUUUAUCUUGGGUCAAAUGUUUUGUGUAGCAUUCCACGAGCUUCCCAUAAUAAGUUGACAGAAAUGGUGUAACUGAGUCAGGUUUGUAGGCCUCCUUGCUCGCACACGCUUUUUCAGUUCUGCCCUUAAAUUUUUUAUAGGAUUGAGGUCAGGGCUUUGUGAUGGCCACUCCAAUAGCUUGACUUUGUUGUCCUUAAGCCAUUUUGCCACAACUUUGGAAGUAUGUUUGGGGUCAUUGUCCAUUUGGAAGACCCAUUUGCGACCAAGCUUUAACUUCCUGACUGAUGUCUUGAGAUGUUGCUUCAAUAUAUCCACAUAAUUUCCCUUCCUCAUGACACCAUCUAUUUUGUGAAGUGCACCACUCCCUCCUGCAGCAAAUCACCCCCACAACAUGAUGCUGCAACCCCCUUGCUUCACACAUUUGGGAUGGUGUUCUUCGGCUUGCAAGACUCCCCCUUUUUCCUCCAAACAUAACGAUGGUCAUUAUGGCCAAACAGUUCUAUUUUUGUUUCAUCAGACCAGAGGACAUUUUUCCUAAAAGUUGCAAACCGUAGUGUGGCUUUUUUAUGGCGGUUUUGGAGCAGUGGCUUCUUCCUUGCUGAGCGUCCUUCCAGGCUAUGUCGAUAUAGGACUCAUGUUACUGUGGAUAUAGAUACUUUUGUACCUGUUUCCUCCAGCAUCUUCACAAGGUCCUUUGCUGUUGUUCAGGGAUUGAUUUGCCCUUUUCGCACCAAAGUACGUUCAUCUCUAGGAGACAGAACACGUCUCCUUCCUGAGCGGUAUGACGGCUGCGUGGUCCCAUAGUGUUUAUACUUGCAUACUAUAGUUUGUACAGAUGAAUGUGGUACAUUCAAGCAUUUGGAAAUUGCUCGCAAGGAUGAACCAGACUUGUGGAGGUCUACAAAUUUUUUUCGGAGGUCUUGGCUGAUUUCUUUUGAUUUUCCCAUGAUGUCAAGCAAAGAGGCACUGAGUUUGAAGGUAGGCCUUGAAAUACAUCCACAGGUACACUUCCAAUUGACUCAAAUGAUAUCAAUUAGCCUAUCAGAAGCUUCUAAAGCCAUGACAAUUUUCUGGAAUUUUCUAAGCUGUUUAAAGGCACAGUCAACUUAGUGUAUGUAAACUUCUGACCCACUGGAAUUGUGAUACAGUGAAUUAUAAGUGAAAUAAUCUGUCUGUUAACAAUUGAUGGAAAAAUUGCUUGUGUCAUGCACAAAGUAGAUGUCCUAACCGACUUGCCAAAACUAUAGUUUGUUAUCAAGAGUGUUUGUGGAGUGGUUGAAAAACAAGUUUUAAUGACUCCAACCUAAGUGUAUCUAUACUUCUGACUUCAACUGUAUAUUACACAGACAGAUGCCAGAACUGCGCCUGUUCCUUCCCUAACCCCCCAACAGAUGUAAAUGAAUGCCCAGGAACCCCACAUCUCAAGGGUUAAAGGUCAUUCAGAGGUCAGGGUGGAGUGCUGUAACUACUGAGCCACCUUGGGGCUGUUCCCCCACUGAGCCAAUCCACUACGUGACCUGACCACCUGAAACCCACUGUUCUUGGUCUAUGGACCCAACUCACCUUACUCAAGGUAGAAGUUGCCUUGAGCUGUUCUAGGAUCAGCUUCCCCUCCUUAUAGCCUAACCUUUAUUAUUGGCGGAAGAACUGCAAAAAUGUACCUUAGAUCAACAUCUCGGCCUAGUGGAAACGUUGUCCUACACCCAAUAGGCUCUGCUGUGUGAGGUUUGGUUUGGGAUGGAAGGAAGGAGGGAGGGAGGGAGAGGGUACAAUUAUGAUCCUCUAUUCUACACUCUGGAACUACGUGAGCCAAACCCGACUACCAAUUUUACCACAAUCAUUUACUAUUUUUAGAAGCCAUGUUGUCGUUGCCAGUCUAAUUUUUAUUUUUGCCAGCAUUCUUUGUUCUGUAUUUUGUAUGUGUCCUUGAAUCGUUUAACAAGCCAUCUCGUGUCCCAUCCUGUCUGUUUGACGGUCAUCUGUCCAAGCCCUCCCCAGUUUCUCUGCUGUUGAAAUGCUGUGUUAUUAUUUCUCAAACGCAAAGCAACUCCUAUCCACUUCAUAUGAACGCUGGACUUUGAUUUGACAUGUUACAGAAUCAUUGGGUUUCAUAUACAGUUUUCCACAUACAGUUAGUUGUACAGUACAUAUAGCAUAGCUGGAAUCUUCAAGUUGUUGGACCUCGCUAUUUUAACUCGACAUUCUGUCGUUCGUUAUCCAUGCUAUCCGUCGCUCCGGAUGAGGCGACAGGUUUGGGACGGUAGCUGCUUUUCAUCCAUAGCUGUUAGUUUUGGGUACGGGGGAAGAGAGGUAGAGAAAGAGCGUAUGGUACAGAUCAGCAAAUUGAGUCUAUCUGGGUGUCGUGAAAAAUAGGAAAUGUAACCUCUUAGCCUCUAUUUUCUCUCUUUCUUCCUUGUCUUACUUUCUCCCUCAGUUAAGCAGUCAAUGUCGAAGGAGGCAAGAUCAUUUUUCCAAUCGCCUGCUCUGUCUCCCUGAGGUUGAUUGACUUUGCACAUUCAGUCAGCCUGCUCACUAUUUGGUACAUGUAUAUCAAGGCUUGCUCCAGCAUUAAUAUCAACUCUUCAGAUACACAAAGUUAAAGUCCUGUUGGGAAAAUACAACUGUGGAGGUCAAUGGAUCAUUGUCAUAUUAAAGUCUCCAUUGUAGGUCUUCCUGAAUUGUUAGUAGUCUCCAGUUUAAGGAGAAGUCAUACUAACAUACAUACAUAAUUAUUAGGCAUCAGAUGGAAGAAAAUGUGACGGGGAGGGACUACCUGGAUAAUAAGGAAUGAUCAUUUCCGUUUUUCAUUGCCCGUUCUAAUGAACCGGAUCUUGAAGAGGAAGUGAGUUUGUUUUAGCGUUGGAGGAGUUGUUUGAGCAUUCAGUUAGGUUGGUGCGUCAACCUCCGAAAACAGAGCAUCUGCACUGCUGUCCCUAAGGGACGCCCCAACACAUUAGAGAACAAAUGUAGCUUUUUAAUAAGAAAUUAGAUGUUUUAUUGGACAUGCACACACACACACACAGACGCAAGCACAGACGCACACACUCUCUCUCUCACACACACACACACAUACACUGAAGAGGCCCCUGCAAUAUGGUGAUGCAAUGGCGGAAUGUAGUGUUUUCUUCCCUCUCCGGCAAUCUUGGUGCGCUGUGUGCCAUAAUGCACAGGGAGCCGUGAGACUAUGUGAAGUCACAACUAUUAUUCAUGUUUUACGCCGUAGUCGUCAGACUUCUAGCCUGUUUGAAACUGUACAGUGUUCUGGCUGGUUUAACCAGGCUAUCAGACUUUUAGCCUGUUUGACACUGUACAGUGUUCAGUCUGGUUUAACCAGGCUAUCAGACUUCUAGCCUGUUUGACACUGUACAGUGUUCAGUCUGGUUUAACCAGGCUAUCAGACUUCUAGCCUGUUUGACACUGUACAGUGUUCAGUCUGGUUUAACCAGGCUAUCAGACUUCUAGCCUGUUUGACACUGUACAGUGUUCAGUCUGGUUUAACCAGGCUAUCAGACUUCUAGCCUGUUUGACACUGUACAGUCUUCAGUCUGGUUUAACCAGGCUAUUGGACUUCUAGCCUGUUUGACACUGUACAGUGUUCAGUCUGGUUUAACCAGGCUAUCAGACUUCUAGCCUGUUUGACACUGUACAGUGUUCAGUCUGGUUUAACCAGACUAUCAGACUUCACAACACAAAUCCCAAUUUUGAAGCUGAAACAAUUCACUUGUUCCUUCUCCUGCCAGAGGUUGAAAGAGGAGACAUUCUUAAACACGGGGGGGGGUUCUAGAAAUGUUGCAUGUGUUCUAAUGUAGUGUCUCAGGAAAUAAUGGAAUUAUGGAAUAAGAUCUUGAGCUGACCAAGUCUGCACGAUGACUUAAUAAUAUGGCUUUUUGACACCAGUCAUGGCAAGUAAAUAGCCUGACAAUGUCAUCAUGAUACAUGCUGUCUCGUGCAAACUACUUCUAACUUGUUGCAUAGCCAACUAGUUGCCUAAAUAGCAUACCCAUGACAGUGUCAGUACUUUAGGCAUUAUGACCAUAGUAUAGUUCAAGUAGUCCACUGUUUUAGUCCAAUUCUAACAUGUACCAGAACACUUUCAGGAUAAUGUUGGUUCGCUCUCUGUGAUUUCAGCCGUGUCGAUUUCCAUUCUCUGUGUUCAUUUAUUAUAGUAAAAAAGAUUUGAUCAAAGCACAAGAGAACCUGCUGUAUCGCAAAUGUAAAACGUGUCCAAGUAAGACGGGAUACAUACUGGACAUGUAUGAGUGUGUAAUCUGUGGAUAUGAUGAGUCCGGCGAUUGUGAACAUCCAUUGAUUGAUAGGUGACAGAAAAAUGAAUGUUUUUAUAUAUUUUAGCCGAGCGGGACUGGCUUUUGUCAGACACUGAAACCUGCACUGAGAAAUACAUGAAAUCAAAGGCACCUCAAAUGUCAGUGUCAUGAGGCUCUGUGACUUCACUUUGCAUGUUGUGUGCUUACAUGUUUUUGUUGUUGAUAAAUGUCUUUCUUGUUCAUGUUCUCUCGCUGUCUCUGUGUUGUUCCAUUGGAUCAUUCACCUCGUGUUGAGUUGUGGUGGUUAGUGACUCUUCCUUGCAGAAGAGGCCCUGGUGUUUUCUAUAGACUAUGGCCAGUGGUGUGGACUAUGUGGAAAUCUCGACCCUUUGACUAUUCACAGUCUCUGUCUAUCUAUCUGGUUCUUUCUUUGUAAACUGUACAGACUCCAACGCUAUAAUCCACACCAACUGAUACAGUGAACCAACUGUUUUAAUCCAACAUAUUGCUGUAACAAAAAUGGAACUCUUCUUAUUUGGGCAGGAAUGUUAUAUACUGUAUAGAGUAUUUUAUUGAUUUUGAGGAGAAAAUCUAUAUCUAAAAAAAUCUAAAUAAACGAUGUAUGUUUUUCAUCUCAGGUUCCGAUGGGCCAAAUAAAUAAAAACUAUUUUAAAAAAUACAA